CUAAUUCUGUAUCUGAACUGCACUGUCUUUCUGUCUGUCUGUAUGUACCGCACUGUACUGUACUACGCUCAAGUCUAUCCUAGCCUUUCCUGCAACCCUAAGGUAACUAGGUGAAUGGUGCCACCCAUACUCUCCCCGGUCGAAUCGCACGUCUUGUUCCCAGACUCGUGGGUGUCCCGGUUGCCUUUUUUGUUUGCCCAGAUCACCAAAUUCGCCUUGUGCUAUCCCAAUGUCGGUCGAGGUCUUUCUCAAGGGAGGGAGGGCGUGGAUGCUGCACCCAGAGCGAUCCCAUGUCAAGAGCAGCUGCAGUUACACGGCACUGAUGAGCGGUUGGUAGUUGUCAUUGCCGUUGUCAACUAUCUACCGAGUCCCGAUACCGAUACGGCCAUUGUGAACCCCACGGCUAGGCUUUCUCACCCAGACAUUAGUAACUGACUGUGUCUGCCUACCAUUGCUACCACAACUCGGCAUGACGCAAGGAGAGCCUUGUUCUGAUCUGAUAGACAUGGGUGAGGCUCCUUCGGGAUGUUGUAUCGCGAAGAUGGGGAACGGGAGAUUUCCGCACCACCAGAUCGACAUUGGUUAUGGAGCCUCGUGCUCUUUUCCUUAAUAGUCCAUAAAAUGCGCGGUUGACGGAGAGUUUGGCUAACAGGCUCUCGCUUGUAUCAAUGAGACGAGUAUCCAUCGUGAGUGCUACCAGGUCAAGUCAACAUAUGACCUCGAGAAUGGGUUCGGAGAGCGAGCGUCUAACUAGGGUCAUACGCGGGGUUGAUUGAAGUCUGAUUUAACUUAAAUCACCUUAUCUGAGCCAUUCGAAUCACUGUGACGUGGCGAGCAACAACUACCUACUGUACCUACUGUACCUACCUGGGUAUUCACUAGACGCCGUUGAUAAGUGCAAGUCCAGACUCGAUGGCGAACUACCGUAUCCGUAGGCAAGUUUAUUCAGUACCUCGCAGUAUCUCGACUGUAUUCAUUACCUUUGCUGUACGGAGUACACACAAGCUCUUUCUGGGC